GUUUGGCUCAAAUAUCAGCGUAUGCCCGCUGGAUAGGUCAUUGCCUUUUGCCAAUAGUGUUACUAUAGAAACAUGUCUACGAUAGAGGCCAGGUGGCAGAUAUUCCGUCUGGAGUCGACCAAUAUUACUGUAGACUCAAGAGUCUAUUCAAACCUAGCCGUAUCUUGGAUAAGAACAUAUCCGUUCAGCUUCCAUUGGUCCUUGUACAUCCGCUUGGCCAACUUCGGGUCGAUAAACUAACAAUAUCUUGAGGUAAAACCCUCUGGUGACACUCUAUUCUGG